AAACAUUUAUUUUCCUUGUAUAUUUAUCUGAUGCCUUUAGAAUCAGGCACAUCAGACCUGGUCGCUCCUGAACUCCUCUACCCUGCCCUGUCUCUACCUCCUGCUGCCCUGAAUCCAAAAAGAUCGAUCAAGUGCAACUCCCCCUUUUCCUUCUUGCUUGCAGACCCGGACUGGGCAUCCCACAGCCUCGGGAUCUUCAUCUGCCUGAGCUGCUCAGGCAUCCACCGCAACAUCCCGCAGGUCAGCAGGGUGAAGUCCGUGCGCCUGGACGACUGGGAUGAUGCCCAGGUGGAGUUUAUGGCCUCGAAUGGAAACAAUGUAGCAAAAGCAAAAUAUGAAUCUAAAAUGCCACCAUUUUAUUAUAAACCAACGUAUCUUGACUGCCAACUACUGCGGGAGCAGUGGAUCCGAGCCAAAUACGAACGAAAAGAGUUCAUCCACAGUGAGAAGCAGGAGCCUUACUCUGCAGGGUACAGAGAAGGAUUUCUGUGGAAGAGAGGACGUGACAAUGGGCAAUUCUUAAGCCGAAAAUUCGUGUUAUCAGAGAGGGAAGGUGCUCUGAAGUACUUCAACAAAAACGAUGCAAAAGAACCCAAAGCAAUUAUGAAGAUCGAGCACCUCAACGCGACUUUCCAGCCUGCAAAAAUCGGGAACCCUCACGGGCUGCAGAUCACUUACUUGAAGGACAAUAGCACAAGGAACAUCUUUGUCUAUCAUGAAGAUGGCAAGGAAAUCGUGGAUUGGUUCAACGCCAUCCGGGCAGCACGUUUCCAUUACUUACAAGUGGCAUUCCCUGGAGCCAGUGACUCUGAUCUGGUGCCAAAGCUUUCUAGAAACUACCUGAAGGAAGGAUACAUGGAGAAAACAGGGCCAAAGCAAACAGAGGGAUUCAAGAAGCGAUGGUUCACCAUGGAUGACCGACGGCUCAUGUAUUUCAAAGAUCCCCUGGAUGCCUUUGCUAGAGGGGAGGUUUUUAUUGGGAGCAAGGAAAACAGCUACAAGGUGCUGGAAGGGCUCCCACCGUCCACGCAGGGGAACCACUGGCAGCACGGGAUCACCAUCGUCACCCCCGACCGCAAAUUCCUCUUUGCCUGCGAGACAGAGGACGACCAGCUGGAGUGGAUCAACACCUUCCAGAAAGUGAUCAGCCGGCCCAUGCUGCCUCAGGAAUACGCAGUGGAAGCCCAUUUCAAACAUAAACCUUAGCUGGGACUGGCUGGGCAGACCUGAGGAGUGAGCUUCUGUUUACAACACAACGUGGUUUUAUUUGAAAUGUUAAAAAUAAUUCAUAAUAACAGUAAUAUUAAUAACAAUAAUAAUACUUCCCUUUCCCCUCAUCAUUCACUUGAUCAUGUUGGAAGGGCAGCAGUGGAACGUCGGAGAAGAUCCUGAUCCAACUUGAAAUUCAGCUCUGUGGCUGCUCUGUGGGAUGGGACAGAUGGUCCUGCCACCCCAUCACCCCACACCUGCUGGAAGGGGUGUCCCACCCAGCUUCACCAGGAUGGCAGAGACUGUUGGUGGCACAUCCCAGGGACAGAUGGGACUUCUCCCCAUGCUCAGGUCCCUGGGUGCUGGAGCUGAGUCUCCCUGCACUUCCAGAUGGCUGCCAGCCCUUUCCAGAGGGGCUGCAGGUCCCCAAGGGCUGAUGUCCCUGUGGGAUGGGAAACAGCCUGGAAGCACAACAUGUGCUGUGCAGAACAGCUGAGCCUGCCAUGGUGCUGGGGUAAAUGAUAAGUAAAUUAUCUCCCUGGGGACUGGUGGUGAUGCUGUACCUGGAGAGGGUCAAGUAGAUUUAGAAAUUGAGGAGAUGGGACAUCAUCAGCUUCGUUAGGUUAACGAAGGGCAGGGAGGAGGGGGCUGCAAGGGAGACACCAACCCGUGAGGUGAUGCUGGGGGAGCAGAGCUUUGGGGGCCAGGCCUGUGUUUGGCUCCCUGGGCCAUCCCUGUUCCAUGGUCUGGGGGCUUUGCCCCAUUGGGGCUCCAGUGUGGAGCUGGGGGUUUGAGCCUUGUCUGCAGUUUUGCUGAUGGGCACCAUC